GUCAUGUGUUGGUGAAUUAAACUGAUUAAUAAGAGAGAAGUCGCUAUAUUUUUUUCAAAUCAAGGCCGAUUUAAAAAUGAAGUAAAUCACAGUAGUCGAUCAACGUCGGCGAAACUGCGAGAGAAAACCGCUGAUUUUAAGGCCAAAUUGCAAUAUAAUCAGUUUUAAUUUAGAUUCACGACCUCUCUUCUUGUGGGAAUGACCGAUCUCCGCUUGAUAUUACAAACUCGCUAUCUAAUCAUUAACUUUAUUGUACAUUAUAUUCUACGCGUAUAUGGUGGAUGGGAUUUAUUUUUCAGUAACUAACUCCGACAGUUUUAACAAUUGUUGCUAACGUGGUUUUUAUACAAUAUAUGUGUUUAAUUUUAUUUAACAGGUAACUUAAUCGCGAUUAAACCGAAAGGCACUAACUAAGGAUUUUAAUAAAUUAAUUGAAUAACACUUGUUGACUCCCUGAUGCAUUACGAAGUAUCCGUAUUUGUUAAAUUUUAAUUUACAUUGCGCAUAAUGUUAUUUAAAAGCUAUAGAUCAAGUUAUAAAUAUGUAGAAAUAAAUUUGAAUAUCGAUACGCGUACUGCAUUAGAGAGAGACGAAAAGGAAGUGCGCAGGAGGCACGUGUACAUUGUAUACAAUUUAAAUUCUGCGAAGCGCACUAACGAUCAUCGAAACUUGGGUUACUAAUCGAACGCUUUCACCGUCUUUUUGUCCCUUUUCUUUCCGUCGCUCAAUCGCAUAGAAAGUUCAUCGGACGUACUCGCUUGUAAACGCAUUUCGCUCUUUCGUAGUAUAUGAUUCGAGUAUCAGCCGAUACACUCGGCUGUCGCGAUAUCCCGCGUUCUCUCCGUGAUGAUACUAUCAAGUCGUGGACACGUCUUCCUCGAAAAUUAGUACCAUGGAUAUGUUUCGUGGGCCGACUCACUUACCAGGCCGGCGGGAUGAAAAUCGUGGUCCGAGGGAAACAGGCUUCCAGAUCGGAAGCUCCGAUUCUGGUCCUCGCGCCACACUCGACCUUUAUCGACGGCGGCAUCGUUUACGUCACCGGAUUCCCUUCGAUCAUCGUCAGACGAGAGUCGGGAUUGAAUCCGUUUAUCGGAAAACUUAUCAACUAUACGCAGCCGGUCUAUGUAUGGAGGGAAGAUCCGAAUUCCCGCCAGAAUACUAUCAAGGAGAUCAUUGAGAGGACUACUUCCAAGGAGGAUUGGCCACAGGUUAUGAUAUUUCCCGAAGGAACUUGUACAAACCGGUCGUGCUUGAUUACGUUCAAAUCGGGUGCCUUUUAUCCCGGUGUGCCGGUGCAACCUGUGUGCAUCAGGUAUCCCAACAAAUUGGACACGGUAACGUGGACAUGGGAAGGCCCUGGCGCAUUGAAAUUGCUAUGGUUGACGUUAACGCAGUUAAACAGUAGUUGCGAGAUAGAAUUUCUACCUGUCUAUAAUCCGAGCGAGGCGGAAAAACUGGAUCCCAAGCUGUACGCAAACAAUGUACGACGUCUUAUGGCAGAAGCGUUGAAAAUUCCCGUUUCGGAUUACACAUACGAUGAUUGCCGGAUCAUUAGAAAGGCCCAUCAGCUACAUCUUCCGCAUGCGUCCAAUAUUGUAAAAAGCCAUAAACUUCGGUACAAAUUAGGUUUAGUGGCAUCGAAAACUGAAGAAGAACUCGUCCAGAAGAAGACGACGAACUUUGGCGAUGUAAAUCUGCAAGAGUUCGCGCAGAUCCUUAGAUUGGACGACAAGGAUCCAACUACUCAACAACUGUUUCGCAUUCACGACAAGUACGGACAGGGAAAGAUCGACCUUGAAGAAUAUAUCUUCACCGUGUUGGCGACGGCGAAUGCGUCUUCGGAACUAGACAAGGUCGAGAUUGCAUUCGACAUAUGCGGCUCGAAAGCAGCGUUGUGUUUAACCCAGUCGGAACUCAGAAAAGCCUUGAGGUUAUCGAUACGCAUGCAACCGGAGGAAUCCGACAGUAUCUUUCAGCUCGCCAAAAGUGACGAGAGCGCUUGCACAGUGACCUUUGACGAUGUUAUGACGCAACUGUCGAAUCGAACGGAGUACGCACAUUUAUUCGCCGCGAAUAACGAAAGCUCCAAGAAGGCCAUUUGAAAGUGUCUUUUAGAGCCCGAUGUUUCUUCUAGAGAACAUCGAGGUAGACCUUUCCUUAGCCCUAUCUGCUCCACUCCUGUAUAAAACCGUAUCCAAGGUGCUUCGAGGGUUUAAUUUUAAAGCAAAACUAAUUUGUCGUCUACGGAAGUUGCAGUUGCAUGUAAGCGGCAAUUUAGACAGCUAGCUCACGUCUUUCCUAUAAUCUUGUAAAUUAGAAGAAGUCGAGAAUUUAGUAACUUAGAAUUUUAGAAACCUAAAAUUCUAAAAUUCGAGCAUUCUAAAUGAUUAUAGAUUGAUAAUUCGUGAGUAAUUUAGCUAUGAAAGUCCUAGAAUCCGUGGAUAUGAAAACUCAAAGAUACGCGACGUAUCCUAGACUCCGAAAAUUUAAAGAUUCGAGGAUUCUACAAUUUAGAGGUCGAAGAUAUCGAAACUUGAAGAUCGAGAGUUUUUGGAAAAUGGAAAGCCUGGAUCUGAAGAAGCAACCGUCUUAGUAAUUGUACAUUUAAGGAUAAAUUAGAAUAUGGAGAUUCGAGGAUCCUAUGAGGCUUAUUUCCAAGAUCUACGAUUGGCAAAAUCCGAAAAAGGCAACCGAUUCUUGCACUUUUUGAUGUACAGUACAUAUUAUAUACAGUGAUCCGGUCAUUAAGCUUCUUGCUAACUCUAAGGGAUCUAAGUAUCCGUGAUGUAGGGCUUGGACGCGCAUUUAGAGGAAAAGGAGGGCAGGUAAUGACAUAAUUUAUUUUUCGACCCUGUGGUCCGACACCGCGAUAUUCGAUGCACAUGUACAGAUAUGCGAUCAUGCACGAAAAUAUACAUAUGCGCUAAAUUGUGUACAUACUUGUUGCACACCAUGAACCGGCAUGUAUGUAAACACAUACAUACCAAUAUGUAUAAGAAUAGACGAAGAGAUUGUGCGAAUCGAUCGUAUAUGCCGUCUGCGUAUGCGCGCGCAAGUGCAUUCAUGUGUGUACGUAUGUAUGUAUAUAGAAAGAAGAUAUGUGUAUGUGUGUAUAGUCAGAUUACCCACUUUGUAAUAUCUGUAUAUGAACAAGAUGGCCAAAGUUUAACAGUGCGCACUGUUAGCGGUCAUUCUGAGUUAAAAACAGAUAUAUUGAGUUAUAGAACAUUUUACUACACAUAUGUUGAAAUAACAGUAUUUAUUGAACCGAAA